GGGCGGGGGCCUACCUUCCCCAGGGCCGGCAUCAUGUCGGCGGCGCAGGUGUCCUCGUCCCGGAGACAGUCUUGCUACCUGUGCGACCUGCCCCGCAUGCCCUGGGCCAUGAUCUGGGACUUCUCGGAACCCGUAUGCCGCGGUUGCGUCAACUACGAGGGCGCCGAUCGCAUCGAGUUCGUGAUCGAGACCGCGCGCCAGCUGAAGCGGGCGCACGGCUGCUUUCAAGACGGCCGCUCCCCCGGGCCGCCGCCGCCCGUCGGGGUCAAGACGGUGGCCCUGUCGGCUAAGGAGGCGGCGGCUGCUGCAGCGGCGGCAGCCGCCGCCGCACAGCAGCAGCAACAACAGCAGCAGCAGCAACAGCAGCAGCAGCAGCAGCAACAACAGCUCAACCACGUCGAUGGUUCCAGCAAGCCUGCUGUGCUGGCGGCCCCGUCCGGCCUGGAACGCUAUGGCCUGAGCGCUGCCGCCGCUGCUGCCGCCGCUGCCGCCGCCGCGGUGGAGCAGCGCAGCCGCUUCGAGUACCCGCCACCGCCGGUGAGCCUGGGAAGCAGCAGCCACGCCGCGCGGCUACCCAACGGCCUGGGGGGCCCCAAUGGCUUCCCCAAGCCGACACCGGAGGAGGGACCCCCGGAGCUGAACCGCCAGAGCCCCAACUCAUCUUCAGCCGCGGCGUCGGUGGCGUCUCGGCGCGGGACGCACGGUGGGCUAGUGACGGGGCUGCCCAACCCGGGGGGUGGUGGAGGCCCCCAGCUCACGGUGCCCCCCAACCUGCUGCCGCAGACGCUACUUAACGGCCCGGCCAGUGCCGCCGUGCUGCCCCCACCGCCGCCCCACGGCCUGGGCAGCCGUGGGCCCCCGACGCCCGCGCCCCCAGGGGCACCCGGGGGCCCCGCUUGUCUUGGGGGCGCCCCGGGCGUAUCAACCGCGUCGUCCUCUGCGUCGUCUUCGACCUCGUCGUCAGUGGCGGAGGUGGGAGUGGGUGCUGGCGGCAAAAGGCCCGGCUCGGUCUCGAGCACAGACCAGGAGCGCGAGUUGAAGGAGAAGCAGCGGAACGCCGAGGCCCUGGCCGAGCUGAGUGAGAGCCUGCGCAACCGCGCGGAGGAGUGGGCCAACAAGCCCAAGAUGGUCCGCGACACGCUGCUCACGCUGGCUGGCUGCACGCCCUACGAGGUGCGUUUCAAGAAGGACCACUCGCUGCUGGGCCGCGUCUUCGCCUUCGAUGCUGUCUCCAAGCCCGGCAUGGACUACGAGUUGAAGCUGUUCAUUGAGUACCCCACGGGCUCAGGCAACGUGUACUCCAGCGCAUCUGGUGUGGCCAAGCAGAUGUACCAGGACUGUAUGAAGGACUUCGGCCGGGGUCUCUCCUCCGGCUUCAAGUAUCUGGAGUACGAGAAGAAGCACGGCUCUGGGGACUGGCGCCUCCUUGGAGACCUGCUGCCCGAGGCCGUGCGCUUCUUCAAGGAGGGCGUGCCCGGCGCCGACAUGCUGCCCCAGCCCUACCUGGACGCCAGCUGCCCCAUGUUGCCCACGGCGCUGGUGAGUCUAAGCCGCGCCCCCAGCGCCCCCCCGGGCACCGGGGCCCUGCCGCCCGCCACCCCUUCGGGCCGGGGCACAGCCGCCAGUCUUCGCAAGAGGAAGGCGUCCCCCGAGCCCCCGGACUCCGCCGAGGGCGCCCUCAAACUGGGCGAGGAGCAGCAGAGGCAGCAGUGGAUGGCGAACCAGAGCGAGGCACUAAAGCUCACCAUGUCGGCCGGGGGCUUUGCGGCGCCAGGGCAUGCCGCCGGGGGUCCGCCCCCGCCGCCUCCGCCCCUGGGACCCCAUUCCAACCGGACCACCCCGCCCGAGUCAGCCCCUCAGAACGGUCCGUCCCCCAUGGCCGCCCUCAUGUCGGUGGCAGACACACUGGGCACGGCGCACUCGCCCAAGGACGGCAGUUCCGUGCACUCCACCACUGCGUCCGCGAGGCGCAACAGCAGCAGUCCGGUGUCACCGGCCUCAGUGCCCGGGCAGCGCCGCUUGGCAUCACGGAACGGGGACCUGAAUUUACAGGUGGCGCCCCCGCCGCCUAGCACCCACCCGGGCAUGGACCAAGUGCACCCCCAAAACAUUCCGGAUUCCCCUAUGGCCAACAGCGGGCCCCUCUGCUGUACCAUUUGCCACGAACGUUUGGAGGACACGCAUUUCGUUCAGUGCCCAUCCGUCCCCAGCCACAAAUUCUGUUUCCCUUGCUCUAGAGAGAGUAUCAAGGCCCAGGGGGCCACCGGCGAGGUGUACUGCCCCAGCGGAGAGAAAUGCCCCCUGGUUGGGUCGAAUGUACCUUGGGCCUUCAUGCAGGGCGAAAUCGCGACGAUCUUAGCUGGAGAUGUUAAAGUGAAAAAGGAGAGAGACCCUUGAACCAGGAGACAGCCACCGUCUCUGCCCCUGACCAGCUCCUCUCCGAUCCAGAGGGCCCCACCCCCACCCACAGCGACCCUCCCUCCCCUCCCCCUCAAGAUGUAGAAUUGUGAAUAUAACAAACUGCAAAAAGUUAGUCUUAUGUAUAGACAUUAUUUUCGUCGUAUGUUUCUAUAUUUUGAAACAAAAGGUAUGUAACUUCUUCAUUUGAAGGAUAAGCUGGUUUGUGUUAAGCAGUAUAAUAUUGAUUGGGUCAUUUGCAUCAUUUCGUUAGCAUUUAUUUGGUGGCAGAGUGUUUGCCUAGGUACAGAAUUAAUAGCCCUUAGCAACGACUGCUGCUGGUGUGUAUUUUUGUAAAUGUUAUGCACUCUCUGAAAGGAAAAGAAAACACAAAAGAAAAUGACUUUUUUUUUUUUUUUGCCAAGGCCAGUGUUGCUGCCUAAAAAAAAAAAAAAGAUGCUAUAAAAUGUUGAAAGCUUCUUUCUAAACAGCCCCAAGAGUUGAAGUCUUCACUUUAUUUUGUUCCAUUUUGUUCUGUUUUGUUUGUUUUUCUGUUUUGUUUGCAAAAUGGUAAGGGGGGGGUGUUGGGGGGGCGGGGUGUUUUUUGUUGCAAGUUUGUGAGGGAAAAUGUUUUGGUUUGUUUCUACUGACCUGAAUGUGUUGGAUCUUCACGUGUUGUUUUGUUUUUGCUUUAUUGAUGCACGGAUGCUUUUGAACAGUAGAGCGAAAUGCUAGACAUGGGGAAUCUGCUCUGUUUGUCCUUUAUACAUUUCUGUAGUUAACAGAACACUGUAAUGUGCCUUGGAGCUUAGUAACUUGUAAUAAAUUCAAUUGAUAUUAA